CCACUGACUCGGCACCCUUUCGUCGGGUUAUAAUCGUAGCUGAAGUUAGUGACUUCUUCCCGAACUUUUUAGGCAACUAUCAGGACUGGAAUGGAACUGCGUCUGGUACCGUAUGCAAAUAUUUGUGCUGACGUAAGAGAUCAUGUGGUUUUUGGCGUAGAUCCCCCGUGAACGAGAAUUUUUUCUACUGUUGUCUUUAGGAAACGGUAGAAUCUUUAGAAUUAAUCCCUGUAUUCGUUCUGUUCAUCGAUAUAAAAGAACCAGUUUUGGAACCGUACGCUAUAUAAUCAUACCAUCAUCAAACGCAGUGGACAGUGAAUGAGAAGCAGCUCGUGGACAUGAUUCAGUUCUCUCCCCUAGACCAAGGGCCUGCAGGAAAGGAAAAGCUGAGGUCAGAAUGUCUGUAAUGAAGUUACAUGAAGUGCCCCAUUGGAGCUGACACUCAGUCAGCAAGAGACUCCAGUGCAGACAAGAGGGCCGAGGACAGCCCCCUCCUCAGACACUGACACACCCUCCUCCCCAUUCUGCCAAAGUUCCAUUGUAAGGCCCAUACCCCGUUUGGAGCUAUGGCCAGUCGAAGGAAGUCAACCAUCCCUUGCAUGAUCCGAAUUAAUGAGAUGACCGAGCAGGAUGACUCUGAGGACAUGGAGGUCUCCUCCAAUGGCACGGUGGAGAAUGGCUCGUCACAGACCAUGCCUGCUGCACAGUUGACUCCGGACAGGGAGACGGACAGAGAGAAGCUAGAGACAGAGGCUCGGUUACAGCGGAAGCAGCAAGGAGGCUACGAGUGCAAGUACUGUCCCUUCUCCACCCAGAACCUGAACGACUUCAAAGAGCACGUGGACUCCAACCAUCCCAAUGUCAUACUGAACCCGCUUUACCUGUGCGCAGUGUGCAAUUUCAACACAAAGAAGUUUGACAUCCUGACGGAGCACAAUGAGAAGUGUCAUCCUGGGGAGAACAACUUCAAGUUCAAGCGGAUCAAAAUGAACAGCCAGACCAUCCUGGAGCAGACAAUCGAGGGUUUAAACGGUGCAGUUAGCCAUGAUGCUGCUACCGCUCGAGGUGCUGAGGGCUUUGCCACAUUCCCUUUGGGCAAAUCAACUACCAUAAAGAUUGGAAAGCCCAAAACGGACAACAAACAGUUUUUCCACAAAGGGGAAAAGUUUGAGAACCAUGUAGAUGCCCUCAUCACAAAAGACCAAAUCACUGCUGUAAAUGUGAAUGGGACAGUUAUCAUCCCUGAAGCGACUAUAAAGGAAGGGCUGUCUCACGUUAUGCCAUUACUGCAGCGCCCGCCGAAUUAUAACUUGGUACCAAAAAUCGCUGUCCCUUUGAACACCACCAAAUACAACCCGUCGCUGGACAGCAAUGCCACCCUGAUCACAUCCUUCAACAAGUUUCCCUACCCAACCCAUGCUGAGCUUUCCUGGCUGACGGCACAAUCCAAGCACCCAGAGGAGCAAAUCAAAGUCUGGUUUACCACUCAGCGGCUAAAGCAAGGUAUCACCUGGUCCCCGGAGGAGGUGGAGGAGGCCCGUAAAAAAAUGUUUAAUGGAUCAAUCCCACCUGUGCAUCAAACCUUUACUGUCCUGCCGACCCCACUGAACCAGCCAGCCAAAGUCACCCAGCCCCUUAUUCAGACUGUUCCUUGCCGGCUCUUCGGACAGUCUAGCAUAGUGUUGACGACUGUUGCCAAUGGGUCAACCGUGACCUGUCCUCCUGUUGCACUGACAGUAUCAAACCAAGUGGAGACCUUCAAGAGGCCCUUGCCAGCCUCAACAGUGGCUCCCGAGGUGAAACGCUCCAUGGUCGGCCCAAAAGCGGCGCCAGUGUUGGGCCUUGCAGGGAAGAGGCCCACUCCAGCCCUGGUGACAGCCCCAGAUGUGAAGUGGGUGAUGUCUGGUCCAGUUGGAGCCCUAGAAGGGAAACGACCUAUGGCACCCCCAGCUGUGCCCCCUGAAAUGAAGAGACCCAUGGCACCACCACUUGUUGUCCCAGAAAUGAAGCGACCCCUUGUAGCUCCAGUUGUUUCUCCUGAGCUGAAACGACCAAUGGGACCCCCGCCGGUGCCCCCAGCAGUAAUUCAUGAAACUAAGCGCCCUGUGCUGGCCCCACUGAUCAGCCCUGACGGAAAGUGGUCCACAGGUCCAGGUCCUGAACUCAAACAGACCAUAACAGCCCCUGUGAUGUCCUCUGAAGUGAAGCGGCCAACCAUCAUAAAAUCCGUUCAGCCCUCCCUCAAGGUAGCCUCCCCUAUUCCCAGCUUUCCCUUGGACUGCAAGAAAACAAGAGAUCAAAUCGCAGAGCUGCAGACCUGUCAAGUGAAGAACCAGCUUCCUGAAGACCAGGAGGUACAUCGGCUGAUCGAGACCAGUGGUGUCUCCCAGGCUAACAUGAAAAACUCUUUUAGCGACAAGCACUAUCAUAACCACAAGGCCGUACCGCACUUAAGCGUUGAUCUUCUUCCGAAAGACAUGCUGAAAAAAUCCAUACCCACCCAGUUUCCUCUUCUGGAGCGAGUGAAAGGGAAAACCUCUGAGCAGCUUAAGAUUUUAGAGGACAGUUUCCAGAGGAGCAGCUUCCCAACACUUGGUGAAAUUGAUGGCCUUGUAACCGAAACCAGACUUUCCAAGAAUGAAAUCACCAGCUGGUUUUCGGAGCGGCGUGCCCUGCGGGAUAACUUGGAACAAGCCCUUCUGAACUCCAUGAGUUCGAAGAAGGCGCAUAUGGAGGAGAGGGUGCUGCGGCAAGGCACGCAGAACGGCGUUCACGAGCUGGAGGGCCAAACUAGGAGGUCCCCGCUUCCCAUCGUCGCCCCUCCCACCUGUCCCACGGCUAUCGACGGCACAUCACUGGGGCAGCUCAAAAACGUUUUUGCACUAACGCGGUGGCCUUCGCCUGAGGAAUACAACAACCUGGAGGUCCAGACUGGCCUGGCCCGCACAGACAUCGUCCGCUGGUUCAAGGACAGCCGGUUGGCCCUGAAGAGUGGGACCUUAGAGUGGAUGGAGCUGUUCCAGAAGCUGGGCGGCAAAGACCAGAACGGUCUGGGCUCACCGGCAAGCACUGAAUAUACCCAGAAUAUCCCCAGACAGCACUACCAGGACGGGAAGACGCAGCGAGAAAAGGAUGUCAAGAGGUUCUCUGAGGGCGCAGCGCUCAGCAGCCAGGAAAUCAAAAACUGGUUCGCCAACAAUUUGGGACAAAACACAUCCGACAGCAAGAACGGCAUCCAGGACGGACGAGGCAGAGAGGAUCAUGGGGGAUGGGUGAAGAUGACUGUUGGGGUGGACGGAGGUUUAACUGGACAGGAGCUGGUCUCAGAUACUGAUAAUGUGGCAGAAGACAUCUCUGGAAGGGUGACUGGAUAAAGUUGUACACCAGGUGGGAACGGUGGGAACUGUCCUUUGCACAGAAGAGGGGAAGGAAGGAAGGAAGGAAGGACAGAAAUUCUAUUUUUCGUAUUUCGGAACCAAUGAUUUUACAUCUGCACUGUCCCAGCUAAAUGCACAGCAUUCACACAACAUGGCUGUAAUGUUGAAAUGUCUGAUAAAGCAUUACAAGAGCACCGUGGGAGCAUUUUGGCUGAGCUGAGAUGUAAUCAGAGGCACAGUGAGUGGACUCCAACUGACCAGGAGGUUACCGUCGUGUGCCAAAGCUGGACUGCUGCAUUAUUACACUUUUAAAAAAAGGGUCCUUGUAAAUAUUUUUCUGUAUUGCAACAGAUUUGUACAAUUUUGGGGGAAUUUUGUUACAUUUGUAAUAGGAGUGACUCGUCCCUUUACGUUCCAGCUGGUCCUUGCGGUGGUAUGUACUGUGUUUUGUAACAAGACACCAUGAACCACUACAUCUGUUGGCAAUACUCUCAGUAACUCCAUGUUACAGUGCCCAACUUCAUUGUUUUCUGUCAGGUGGACGUUCUGUAAAAUCCAAUCCGAGCUGCUUGCGCGUGCAUGCGGAUGUGCGUGUCUGAAAAUUUGCAACGCUUGUAUUUUUUUUUUUUUUGUAAAGAACGCCUUGUCCUCGAGAUCGAGCGACGUUGUGGACCUUCAGAAGACGGCUGUUCCUCGCUGUAGGAACGAGGAGCUCCGAGCCGCACAGGCGUUUUCCGCCAGGAAACCCGAGCGGGGAAAGAUUUUCCCCGAAACAGUCCGGACACAUGCUGCACACGCCAUUUCCUUUUGUUCUAGCCGUAGUCGCCAUUAUUAUUUCUCGGAUGGACACUUCAGCACAUUAUACAUGUUGGCUUUUCUAGGAGUACUCUACUGCAUGUAGUACUAGUUCCAUUUCAACUAGCACAAAACAGAGACCCGGUAACAGAUACACGCUCUUUAUGUUACGCUUCUGAUGUAGUCACGUUCGGACAUAAUAUAUCAAGAAUACUGUGCUUCAACCAAGAAUCCUGCUUUUUUAAAAACCAGUUGCUGUCUGCUGUAAUCCAAUAAACAAAACGGCCUAUUUAAAAGUUAACCGCCUGCUCCAGAAGCAGUCUGUGCAGUCAGAUUGGAUUUCUUGGUCUCUACUCCUUACAAUUAACUGAAGUGUGACCCCUUUGCUUGAUGUUAAGAGUAAUCGCACGAGUAGCUGGGGGCAGACGCAACUGCUAAAAGAAUUUGCACUUAAGCACCUGGAUUGCAAUAGACUGACCUAUCACAGGAAUUUAAAUAAAACACAAAAAAGUGUAACACUCAUUAAAAUAUAUAACUGAUAUUAAAGGUGCUAUCAAUAUGCAUUACAUUGAACAGCUGUUGGAGGGGGGCGGGAUAGCAGUCCCCACUGCAAGUUAUUUGUGUAAUUGGUCCGGCUUAAUGUUCCGUUGGUGAGGUGUUUUAAAAUGUACAUUAUCCCUUUUGUUUUUUGUACUUCAUUUACAGUUGCCUGUAGCUUGAUCCUUUUUUAAAUAUCCUCUGCUGAAAAUGAAGUAUAAUGUUCGAGGUUCUUGCUUCUGCCAGACUUCCUCUGGAGCAGGAUUGUGAGAUUUUGGGAAACUAGAACCCAAGAAAAGGAUAUCUGCUUCAUUUCAAAAGGCAAUUAUAACUCCUGUUUCUGCUUUUUAGGAAGACAUUCAAAAUAACACCAUAUGCGAGGGAAACAACCCUACUGUGGAACAGAUAUUCCAUUUUUUUUCAGUCUUCAUGAAUGUGUUUGAAAUUAAGUAUUUAGAUCAGGAAUGUUUUUGAAAAUCAAAUGAGCUUAGCAUUUGACACACUUGAGAAUGCUCAUGGAAAAGGUGAGUGUUUUGGCAUUCAGGCUCUCAAAUUUAAAAAUACUAUGAAAUGCAUUGCUAUGGCUUGCAGUAGUUGGCUCAAAUAAAUCAAAUCUGCUAGUGACAUCAUUCAGAGGGAUAACUGGCCAAACAACUAAUUUUUAAGAAAUUUAUUUUCAUUUUGAAAAUAGUCAACCUCUGUUGACUACAGUUAAAACAAGCAUGAGAAUUUUACAUGAUGCUGGCAUACAGAGCAGUGAUUAAAAAUGGUGUUCCCAAAUGGUGCCCUGACACAUGCCUAUUUGCUUCCUCACAAUAGGUCUAAAAUAUCAAUAGAAAUGGUGUUCUCAUUCGACAGAAGCAGGUGAAGAUGUUCAGUCAGCCAUUUCAUGCAAUUGUUCUGACAGUUCCCACCCAUUUCAUUAGGAGAUGGAAUUCUUGGCUAAUUUUCAGAAAGCCACUGAUUUAUCUGUGAUUCUCAUGAAACUGGAUGGAACAGUUCUCUACACACAGAAUGCAUGAAAAUGUUUUAUUAAACACUGCAUGAAUCGGACGUGUAGGAAUAUUACAAUUAUACAAAGACCACCUCCGAGAGUAAUCUCAGACUACGCGCUCUACAUUCAUAUCGGAAAAUUAAUAAAAUUAUGUUUAGAGAUUUGCAAAUGGCAAAACAAUCAGCAAAAGUACCAAUUGGCUAAUGGUUCAUUCACCAAUGGCCAAUCAUUUAUCAGUUCUCAUUAAAAUAGGAUAAAUCAAGAGAUGAAAUAUAUGCAUGUAUGUAUAGGUGUCAAUCUUAAAAGUAUGCAUAUUUGUUUAACCUUUUAUUUUUACAAGUGUCUAGGCUGAAAAAUUUCCUUUGUGAACAAAGCCUGCCAGUAAUGUACACAACUCAUUUUCAGUCUAAAGACAUGACAGGGAAACAUACCUUUUUUUAUACAGUGAAUUGUGUACAUACAGACUAGCCUCCGUUAUGGACUAGCUAUGAAUCCCGUGCCAGAUGAAUCAGCCAACCGCAACAUUCUGAGAUGCCUUCCCCUUGGAAACGGUAUUCGGGCACCAUACGUCGGCUCGUUUAUCUUCCUGAACUGGUACUAUUUCCCAGAAUUCAGUGCUAUUUUUAAAUCUACAGAGCACAUGCCCCCCCUGUCCUUCGCGAUGCAUUUCCGUUACAUUUUCAUUAAGCUUCCCCGUCGCAGAGCGCAAGGAGAGUGGCUGGGUACGAUAUGGCACGGUUUUACAGAGAUCCCAACGCUACGCUCCUCUCGACCGGCUGGAGCCACGCCCGCCGUCGAGCUGCAGAAGCCCCAAUGCAGCGCUGUUUCUGCCUCAAAAAGCAACUGAUGAUUUUUUGAGAUCACAAAUCAGCAUAAAAAUACAAAUAAACAUUUAUUUAAAAAAAAAAAAAAA